AUGGCGACCCCGAGUUCCUCUCCGAAUACGAGAUCGAGCGCGCGAAGAUCAUCGCGCAAGGCGGAGACCGCCGCGAAAGCGGCGGCGGCAAAGGCACAUCCGUUCAAGGCGUACAAGCCGAAACCGCUGAAGGACUUGCGAUUUAUGAGCGCGGCGGCGCGUAAGAGGGCGGUGCGAGCGAUGGGCGCCUACGACUCGGACUGA